AUGAUAUCUUGGUCAAUAUGCAUUCGAGUCGCGGUCUUCCUCCGAGCCAUUGCCACGGCUCAGCAGCUACCAAGCACCGUGGAACUAGACACCAUACUCCCCAGGAACGAAACAUACCAGAGACAAUCGAGUUUUCCCAUCAUCUCUGCCAUUCAAAACGCAGCAACAGCAAUCCCAUACGGAUUUUGGGUUCAAUGGACCCUUCAAGAUCUCGACCAUCAAAACAAUACAGCUACUCACACUCUGGACCAUGAUACUUGGCAAAACACCACCCUCACAGCAUCCGGUGCCUACGUACUGGCCACCAAUACACCAGAAAUCCCUAGCAGCACAGCGAAGAAAUGGAGUUUAAACUGGUCGAUGGGCUUCCAUCAGAAGUGUACAGCUGGACAUGCUAUUGUCUCCUCAUCGCCGAUGAGUGCGAGUGGAUAUGAAAUAAGUGGUAGCAUGGUGCUUACCGUCAGUGCUAUCGGUAACACUCCGGAUUUCCUGACAUCUCGAUGUCCAGAAUUUGCAGGCGCGAUUGGUAUCAAGGAGAAAUUGACUACGACUCGUGGGGAAGCUUGUCCUGUUCUCGAGGAGGAGGAGCCGAGGGGAAAUCCUUGUGGCUUUGUGGUCGAUGGGAGUGUUGUUGGUGAUAUUUCUGCGCGACUGAAUGCCUCUUUGCUGUGUGCUGGCAAUAAUGGGACAUGUGAGAGACUUAGCUCGGUGGGAACCUUUUUGGAGUCCCGGAAUGUGCUUCUUGGGGUUGGGAUGAUGGUUUUGAGGGUUCUCUGGGGAUAG